GGUGGGGCUCGCCGCAUGGUGGCGUUCCAGUCGACACAACCCUGUCGUUUGCGAAUAGUAAUGAUAACAUGUCAUUAUAAUUACUCCUUUAUUCAGGUAAUUGCAUCCUUGGUCUCGGAAUCGAAGACAGUCAGCGGAUCAAAGGCUACAGCCUUCAGGUAUUUGCAAUUUUCGGGCCUGGACAAUAAAUCCAAGCAACUGCGAAGUUACGUGUCAGUUUUAUUUCAAUAUGGAUACAGCGUCUCAAAGGAAAAUGUAGAAAAAUCGUUGGGGUUCUCCGUUCGAUUCGCGAUGCUGCUUUUUGACAGAACUUCGCACGUUAUGUCCAUUUUGUCGCAUUUCUGGACGAAAAAAUGGAGAUCUCUCGACGAGUAUCAGGAAUUGCUCGGUCCAGUCGACACGCUCGUUUUCCUGAAGCCGUAAUAUAGACGUAGAAAUAUCAAGAUAUUCCGAUGGUUUCGGGUCGUGGCACAAUUGACUCGACGAAUUUAAGUCCAAUUUAUCCAACGGCCGGUCGAUUGAUGAGCUAAUUAUUCAUCAAUUAUUCGCUGUUGGGAGCACAAAAAUGAUAAGACAUAUCGAUUAUUUUUAGUCGUAGACCCACUUUGAUUUGUCGCAAUC